AUGAAGUUCUUCGUCGUUGCUGCCCUGGUGGCCGUGGCUGCCGCCGCCCCCUCCACCCCCUACAGCCCACGGCCGGCCUACCACCCGGCCCCGGCCUACCACCAGCCGUCCUACAAGGAGCCCGCUCAGCCGUACCAGUUCGACUACGCCGUCAACGACCACUACUCGGGCGCCGUCUUCUCGCAGAACGAGAACAGCGACGCUAGCAACGUCAACGGCUACUACUCGGUCAACCUGCCCGACGGCCGUGUGCAGACGGUCAAGUACGUGGCUGACCAGCAGGGCUACGGAGGCUACAACGCCGAGGUGACCUACGAGGGCGAGGCCCGCUACGACGAGUACAAGCCCAGCUACAAGCCCAGCUACAAGCCCGCUUCGUACGCCGCUCCGUCUUAUAAGCCCGCCUACCAGCCCGCUUACAAGCCCGCCUACCAGCCCUCCUACAAGCCCGCCUACCAGCCCGCCUACAAGCCUGCUUACAACUAAGUGAUUCCUUUCUUAUUGCUUCACAGUGUUAUUUAUGCCAUAUGAUUCAACGAAUGAUUGAUCGUAUGCGUGAUUUGCUGGUGAAAAGAGAAAUAUAUUUUUGAUUUUGAA